AUGCCGCCCAGCCAGCCCCCCACUUCCGUACCACCACCACCGCCAUCAUCGUCGUCGUCGUCAUCACCACCAGCACCACCAACCCUCUACUUCGCCUACGGCAGCAACCUCUGGCUCGACCAAAUGCGCCGCCGCUGCCCCUCAUCCACCUACCUCGGCAUCGGGCGUCUGUCGAACAACAGCAGCAGCAACAACACCAGCACCAGCAGCAGCACCAAUCCCAACCCCAACCCCAACGCCCACCCCAACCGCGGCUGGCGCUGGAUCAUCAACGAGCGCGGCUUCGCCAACGUGGUGGAAUUAGUCGACGAAGCCGGCGAUGACGACGAGCACGAGGACGAGCUUGACGACGGCGAUGAGCACGAGCACGAAGAGGACGAAGUCGUGUACGGGGCCGUGUACGCGUUGCCCCGCGACUCGGGCGACGAGGCGGCGCUGGACGCGGCCGAGGGCGUGCCGCGGGCGUACGGGAAGGAGUGGCUUGGGUUGGACUUUUGGCCUGCGGCGGUGGUGGGGGCGGUGGGGGCGGUGGGGGCGGAGGGGGCGGAGGGUGGAGGGGUGAGGAAGAGGGAGAAGGAGAUGAUGAUGGAGCCCGCGGACGUGGACGUGGGUGUUGAUGUGGGUGGUGGCGGUGGUGGUGGCGCGCCGCCGCUGCUGCCGCCGCCGCGGCGCGUGGAGAGGGCGCUGGUGUAUGUGGAUAGGCUGCGGACGGCCGAGGGCGAGCCGAAGGAGGAGUAUGUGGGGAGGAUGAACGAGGCUGUGAGGGAUGCGGUGGCGUUGGGGGUGCCGCGGGAGUGGGUGGAUCGGUGCGUGAGGAGGUUCAUACCGGCGCCGGUCGCGUAG